AUGACGGCUCCUGAUGGAAGUAACCACAACGAUCCUAUACAGAGGGAAUCCGUUGUCGGUGAAUCUACGGUCUGCGCAUGGUCGAGUAAAACAGAGGAACCCACUGGUGCCAAGACACGCGGCCAUUUUCGAGUCAGCUUGGCUCCAGUGUUGGACGAAAAGCUACUGAGCAAUUUCCGUACACAGAUGAAUAUACAUUUCCCUUUUGUGGUGAUUCCACCCCAGGCAACAGCUGCUGCUCUUCGUGAAGAGAUGCCGUUCCUCUUCCGAACUUGCAUCACGGCCGCCGCUCAAGCAGACCCAUUGCUACUACGACAAAUGGCAGACGACUUGAUGAGAUACAUCGGAGAUCGCAUGUUGAUGAAAGGAGAUAAGUCAAUCGAUCUUUUGCAAGGGCUAUUGGUGUUCAGCACCUGGUACCAGUACUACAAUCACAACAACCCCCAGGUGAUGAAUCUUUUCCAUUUAGUGACUGCCAUGGUCACUGACCUAGGGCUGAAUCGACCUAUCCAGCCCGCAGUGCUGACCCCAAUCGGCAUGGUGGUUGAUGCGGCCCAGAUGUUUCACGGCAGGUUAGUCAACCAAGGCAUCCAGACCUCUGACGACCGACGAGCCCUUCUUGGAGUCUAUAACCUUGCGGGACAGUUAUCUUCGUGCCUUCGGAGAUCAGAUCCCAUGCGCUGGACGCAACAUUUGGAAGACUGUUGCAAUGCUCUCACCGACGCAGCAGAGUACCCCUCCGAUAUCUAUGCUGUUCAGUUGGUCCGACUGCAUCGGGUUAUAGAGAUAUAUUCUCCCUCUCUCGGCCUAAUGACAACAUCGACUUUACCUAUACGGAGUUUCAUGAAUUGUUUUGAAAAAGAUCUCCGGCAAUAUCAAGGGAGCUUGCCUCCCAGCCUUGCCGGAAACAAACUCCUGGAUAUGCAGAUUCACAGCGCUUAUAUCUGCCUUUUCGAGACCAUAUUCGCAGUCCAGGCGGACAUAGCAUAUCACCGAGCCGAAGCAUUGCAUUCUUGUUUGAAUCAUAUCAGUGAAUUAUUUGACAGCCUAGACGCCAUCCCUUGGCGGUAUUUGCCGAACUUGACUUUCUAG